AUGGUGAACAGAGACACCACAGAUGAUGGAAAUUUUCCUUGGACUGAGCAUCUGCCUUUGGCAGAGGCUCGCCGCUCUGUCAAUCGCACUUCCAUUCGCAAACUGCAUCUCAGCCGGGCCAAACUCAAAGCCUCUAGCCGUGCUAGUGCUCUUCUCUCCGGUUUCGCUAUGAUGGCUAUGAUCGAGCUUACUGUAAGUCUCUUUCCACAUUAG